AUGUACCAUGCUGUGAGGCUCUCAAUCGAAGAGAAAUUGUUCUUCGCCCCCCUGACACCGACUAGCGUGCUCGAUGUCGGUACGGGCACGGGAACGUGGGCAAUCGAUAUGGCGGAUGAAUACCCGGACGCCGACGUCGUGGGCACGGAUCUCAGUCCGAUCCAACCCAGCUACGUGCCACCGAAUUGCCGGUUCGAGAUCGCGGAUGCCGAUGAGGAGUGGACAUUCCGGCAGAGAUUUGAUCUCGUCCAUUCGCGCGUUAUGAACGACACCUCUCUGCGGGACUGGCCUCAUUUCUACCGAGAAGCAUUUGCCUCGCUCACACCGGGCGGCUGGGUUGAGUCCCAGGAAUUCAGCUACAAGCGAUACUCGGACGACGGCUCGCUCCCGGCCGACUCGCGCAUCACUUACUGGGAGGAUUUGUGGACCCAAGGCAUCAACCGAAUCGGUCUCCGUGGCCACGGCGAUCCCGAGUUAAUAAUGCAGCAGAUGCGUGACGCCGGCUUCAUCAACGUGACGCGACUCAACUUCAAAAUGCCCAUUGGGCCGUGGCCGAAAGACGAAAGACUGCGGAAAGCAGGUUUAUUCGGCUACGUCAAUUUGUACGACGGGUUUUAUGGCCUGAGUGUCAAGGUCUUUACGCAGAUGUUGGGGUGGACGGUUCAAGAGAUGGAAGCACUGCUCGCAGAGUGCCGACAGGAACUGCGGAGGAAAGAUAUUCAUGGUUACUGGAAAAUGUGA